UAACAAACUAAUUUUUUAGCAUCCAGUUUAUUGUAUGAACGUAGUUGGAACACAAAACGCGCAUAACCUGAUCAGUAUUUCAACCGACGGUCGUCUCUGCUCUUGGUCUUUAGACAUGUUGAGUCAACCCCAAGAAAUCUUAGAGCUACAAAGAGCUCCAUCUCGACCGGUCGCCGUGAUGUGUCUCGAUUUUCCGCACUCAGACGUAAAUAAUUUCGUGGUCGGUUGUGAAGACGGCGCUGCUUACGCAGCUUGUCGUCACGGUGCUAAAGCGGGAAUCACCGAGGCUUACGAAGGACAUCGAGGCCCCAUCGCUGGACUUAGUGUUAAUGCGGUUCAAGGGGGGAUCGAUUUUUCUUAUAUGUUUCUUACAUCAUCGUUUGAUUGGACUGUUAAGUUAUGGAGUUUGCGGGAUAAUAAGCCAAUUUAUUCGUUCGAAGAUAACGGCGAUUAUGUGUUGGAUGUAGCUUGGUCCCCGGUUCACCCCGCUUUAUUUGCGACUGUCGAUUGUGGGGGGAAAUUAGAUUUAUGGAAUUUGAAUUUAGAUACGGAAGUCCCAGCGGCCUCGGCGGUUAUUGAAGGGGGCCCAGGGUUGAAUAAAGUUUCUUGGACCCCGUCUGGUUUGCAUGUAACUGUUGGGGAUAGUCAAGGAAAGUUGUGGGUUUAUGAUGUUGCUGAGAAUUUCGCUCAUCCACGACACGAUGAAUGGAAUAAAUUCUUAUACACAACUCAAGAGUUGCGUAAUAAUCAAAUUGAUGAGGAAUCUGAUACUUUGUGGAAUGUAGCUGCGUCCACAUCUUUAGGGUCAACUAUAGGGGGUCCUUACCCAUAAAAAUAAGAAAUUAAUAACAAAAAUAAGUAUAAAUAAAUGAAAUUUCCAAUACGCCUAGUAUUUUAAAAUAAUAGGUUUUAUUUUGUUUUCAAAAUGUUUGUAUAUUUAUGCAGCAGUAAUAUUUAUUUAAAAAUUGUAAUCAACGUACUGUGGAAAAGCAAUCAAUGGAUUAACUAAUAUAUUAAUAUUGAUAGGGAGGAAUGCGGAUAAAAAAAAUAAUAAAUUAAAACAAGAGGGAGAUUUAUUUUCACAUUUAAGCAAUUGUAAUGUUAAUAACCCGCUUGAAACUUAAUAAAUAAUAAAAUAAACUAAUUCCCCCCAUUAAAUAAUAUAGGAUGUAUUAUAAAAGAAAAAUCGAUGAUGAAAGAUGGGGAAUAUAUUUUUUGUUUAAUUUACUUUACUACCAUUUAAUAAUUUAUUUGUACCUUUUUCUAUACUAGCAUUUAGUUUAUUACUUUUUUUGCAACAAUUUCUUUUUUGUUUCGUCGCUAAUCAAAAUUGGAUUAAGAAAUUCUAGAUAGUUUUAGUUAUUAUAUUAUGUAGCUUUAAUCUCAUUGUGAUUUAUUUUUUAAAAACGAUCUAAUUCCACCUUAUCGGAAAUGAGCUUGAAAAAUAAACUUGAUUUUUUUGGGAA